GAAACUUCAACAAAAAUUCACAUUUGGUACAUAAAACGCUUCUUCUCCUUCCUUCCUUACAACAAAAGUCAAUACCUUUUCUAAUCCUCUGUUUCAUUCCUCUGUUUCAUCAUCGAACUUUAAAUGGGAAAGCCAACAGCUAAGAAGACGACAAAAGAUGCUUCCGGCGGCGGCGGCGGUGGAGGUGGAGGUGGAGGUGGAGGCAAGUCAGCUAAAACCAACCACCGCUCUGUUUCAAAAGCCUUCGACGAAGACAUGGAGAUAUUCAUAAGCAGAGCAGCUGAGCUCAAAGAAGAAGGAAACAAGCUUUUCCAGAAACGUGACAACGAAGGAGCGAUGCUGUGUUACGACAAAGCCGUUAAGCUUUUGCCUAAAGACCACAUCGAUGUAGCUUAUCUGAGAACGAGCAUGGCUUCUUGCUAUAUGCAGAUGGGGUUAGGUGAGUAUCCUAACGCUAUCAGCGAAUGUAAUCUAGCUCUGGAGGCUUCUCCUAGGUACAGUAAGGCCUUGCUGAGACGGUCUAGGUGUUACGAGGCUUUGAAUAAGUUGGAUUACGCGUUUAGGGAUGCUAGGAUUGUGUUGAAUAUGGAGCCUGAGAAUGUUUCCGCGAAUGAGGUGUUUGAUAGGGUGAAGAAGGCGUUGGUUGAGAAAGGUGUGGAUGUGGAGGAGAUGGAGAGGAGUUUUGUGGAUGUGUUGCCUGUUGGUGCUGCUCGUUUGAAGAAGAUUGUGAAGAAGAGUAAGAAGAAGACGAAGAAAGAAGAUGAAGUUAAGGGGAACAGAGUUGUUGUUGAGAGUCCAAAGGCUAUCAUAGCGGAGAGUAAAGAUAAGACAAAGGAGGAAAAGAGUGAUAAUAAAUCUGAAAUUGAUAGAAAGGAGAAGAAAACUACUUUCAAGAAGCAGAAAAAGAAGAGUGGUAAUAAGGUAGGAGAAGAGAGGAAGGUGGAAGAUAAGGUUGUUGUGAUGGACAAAGAGGUCAUUGCCUCUGAGAUUGUGGAAAGAGGGAAAGGAACAAAAGAAGAGACAACGGUUACUAGGACGGUUAAGUUGGUACAUGGAGAUGAUAUAAGGGGGGCGCAGUUGCCGCUGGAUUCUAGUAUUCAACUUGUGAGAGAUGUAAUAAGGGAUCGCUUUCCUGCUCUAAAGGGCUUCUUGAUUAAGUACAAGGACUCAGAGGGUGAUUUGGUUACUAUCACCACAACAGAUGAGCUGAGGUUUGCUGCUACUAGUCAUGAUAAACUCGGUUCCCUUAGGUUAUAUAUAGCUGAAGCUAACCCUGACCAAGAACCAACAUAUGAUACUGAAAAGGCUGUGAAGAGAGUGAGCAGUGUUGCGGAUAGUGGAGAGUAUGUGGAAUCUGACAACGCCGCCUCUACUAGCUUUGAGAACUGGAUUUACCAGUUUGCGCAGCUGUUCAAGAACCAUGUCGGGUUUGAUUCUGAUUCUUACUUGGACCUUCAUGAUCUUGGGAUGAAGCUCUACACAGAAGCUAUGGAAGAUGCUGUAACUGGUGAAGAUGCUCAAGAGCUUUUUGAAAUCGCAGCUGAUAAGUUCCAAGAAAUGGCUGCACUUGCUAUGUUCAACUGGGGUAACGUUCACAUGUCUAAGGCGAGGAAACAAGUCUGUUUCCCCGAAGAUGCUUCGAGAGAAGCUGUAAUUAAAGCGGUUGAAGCUGCAUUUGUGUGGACAAAAAAUGAAUAUAAAAAGGCUGCUGAGAAAUAUGAACAAGCGGUUAAGAUUAAACCUGAUUUUUAUGAAGCUCUCAUUGCACUUGGUCAAGAGCAGUUUGAACAUGCAAAGCUUUUGUGGUAUCAUGCACUCAAAAGCAAAGUAGACAUAGAAAGUGAGGUUUCUCAGGAGGUUCUUAUUCUCUACAACAAAGCUGAGGAUAGCAUGGAGAGAGGUAUGCAGAUUUGGGAAGAGAUGGAAGAACGUCGUUUAAAUGGAAUCUCUAAGUUGGAUAUGCAGAGAGCACUUCUGCAAAAGAUGGAGUUGGAUGGACUGUUUAGAGAAGCUUCAGAUGAAGAUACGGUGGAGCAGACAGCUAAUAUGAGUUCCCAGAUUAAUCUCUUGUGGGGUUCCUUGCUAUAUGAAAGGUCUAUAGUGGAGUAUAAGCUAGGGUUAACAACUUGGGAGGAAUGUUUAGAGGUUGCAGUUGAGAAAUUUGAACUAGCUGGAGCUUCUGCUACUGAUAUAGCUGUUAUGGUGAAGAAUCAUUGUUCAAGCGAGAGUGCACUUGAAGGUAUGGGGUUCAAGAUUGAUGAGAUAGUACAGGCAUGGAAUGAAAUGUAUGAUGCCAAAAGAUGGCAGAUGGGUGUGCCAUCUUUCAGGCUAGAACCGAUGUUCCGGAGACGAGCCCCAAAACUGCAUGAUAUCUUAGAAAAUGUAUUUUCUGAGCCUGCUUGAGGAAACAGUCAUCUCAUAUGUUAUCAGUAGGCACUUUGUUUGUUUUGGGAGUAGUGGUCAUUUUUCCCUCUUUUGUUUUCAUUUUUGUGUGGUGGAUAUCGAUUUCCACGGGAUAUACUCUUGGCCUCUGCGGUAUUCAUAUGUGGUGGGCUGAGACUGUUUGGGAUUCAGUCCAGAGAAGACGGUUAUAGAUGGUGAUAACCCUCUUCUCUUCAGAUUUGAUACAACAUAUUGGUUGUUUGUUGUUUUCUUUUUGUUAUGUUUGCUUCUAUACCACAGCUGUGUAAUCAUUCUUAUUUAUUGUUGAUUUGGAUUAGUGUCUGUUAAAUUUGUUAUCGUUGUGCGAACGUUUGUUGUAUUGUACCCUGACUUCAUAUUGUUUUUUCUUUAAAAAGAAAAAGAAUAAUGGAUAUUUCAGAUUUGCCG